CACAGAAACACUUCAGGAUCAGCAUCAAACAUGCCUGUAAACUAUAGUGGAACUUGGGACAUAGUGGACAACCACAACUUUGAAGGUUACAUGGUGGCUCUUGGUAUUGACUUUGCCACACGAAAGAUAGCGGGGAUGCUAAAGCCACAGAAGAUUUUUGAGCAAGACGGAGACUCUUUCACCAUUAAAACUUUAACAACUUUCAGAAAUUACUCCAGUUCGUUUAAAAUCGGAGAAGAGUUUGAGGAAAUCACCAAAGGAUUGGACAAUAGAAAAUGCCAGACUACAGUCAACUGGGACAAUGACAGACUCGUGUGCAUUCAAAAAGGAGAAAAGAAGAACAGAGGAUGGACACACUGGAUGGAGGGAGAUACUCUUUACCUGGAACUUACAUGCGAAGACCAGAUCUGCAAACAAACCUACAAAAGAUCUGCCUGAACCAUUGUGGCGAAAUAAACCUGCUUUCA